AUGAUUCCAAGGCACAAGAUGCCAGAUGGCUUAGGAAGCCAUUUUGUCAUAUUCAAUAUUAUGGAGGUGUUGACCGCUCCUGUUAACGUUGCGGCAGUUAAUAGGCUUCAGUUGUUUGAUUUACUUCGAAAACUGUCAUUUGAGGAGGCGAGGUAG